GAGCUGAAGGCAGCCAUUGCCGGCUAAAGCGGCAACAUUUACUUUAAAAGUCACAGACGCGGCAAAAGCAAACGACAGAUUAGUUGAAUACGCCGAGGCAGCAACAGCUUAAAGAAAGCGGCAACAGUAGGAAAGAAGCAGCAAUUUAAAAAUAUACCCGCAUGCGCAUUGUUGAGUGUCCAGUGAAUGGGAGAAGGCAUAGAGGAAAAGUGUAAAGCGCGCACAUCAAUGAAAUACCAAUAAUAAUUUUUUUUUGUUAAAAAGUGUUGCCAUUGCAAAGUGUUGGAAUAGCGCUUGGUACGAAACAAAAAUUACAAAACAAAAAAAAAAAUAUCUUGAAAUUUAUGUGUGGAAAGAAAGUUGAGUGAAACGUAACACAUACACGCAAAAGUCAAAGCAAAACAGCGGAAGAAACGUAAAACGAAUAUUAAAACAAGGGUACUUCCAGUGGAUAACAAUAACAACAGCAAGCCACUAAUUCACAACAACAACCGAUCAGUUAUUACAAAAAUUGUAUUCUCUUAUUGAAACGUUGUUUUUGUGGUUUUUUGUUUUUUUUUUUGUCGGCGGUUUCGGUCGACAUUUAAUCCAUACGAACGGCUGCAAGUAAAAGUGAUUUUCUUACUGGACGCAACGCACGUCGUCGUCGUCGGUGCUGCAGAGUUUCGCAAUACGUUUUGUUUCGAUAUUCAUUUUGUGGUUGGCGCGCGCGUACAACGCAUAACUGUAAACGGCAAGUCGCUGGCAAAGAGUUCCCUUUUUAGGAUAAAAUAUUUUAAAGUGGCCGCUAGUCAAAGACAAAUUUUCCUACCUUAAAGCUGAAAUACAACAAACAGCAAAUCAUCAAAAUGAAGCUCUUCUACAUUUUGCUGCUCACACUUCCCCUACUCGCUCACAGCUAUCCCGCACAGAGUGACGACAAAUCCAUAUCACUGGAAGACGUCGAAUUGCCCGACAGUGAUCACGCCGCCUCUGAUGGGGAAUCACAAAUACAAAAACGCUCCGGCAGUUUCGAUUAUGUCACACAUCUGAAAUCUGGUCUGCUUUCGAGCAUCGGUCAGGCUUCGGCUUCCAUAGCUUCAGGCAGUUCGGGCGGCAGUAGCGCCAGUGGUGGCGAUGGCUACAAGUCAUACGAAACUGUUCAUGGCAAUUCAGUUGAAUAUAAUCCGUGGUCGUUUAAGAAAUCAGUGCUCAACACCAUUUUCCAGGCGGUAAAGGCAAUCACCGGUGGUGUGACAGCGCUCAAGGGCCAACUGAUUAAGGGCAGCGGCUAUGCGUUGAGUGCCAGCGGCAAUUUAGUUGCUUCAUCUGGCGAUAAGGUCACCGAUGUUGGCAAAGCGAUCAUCAAUUCGGCACAGAUCAAUUCACAUGGCUAUUCGACUGGCGGAGCUGUGCAUCCAUUCGCCAAAUUCAGUUCAUUCUCGGGUGCUUCGUCGGGUGGUAGCAGCGGUACUAAGCACACAGCAGCGAGUCCAGUUGUGCACACAGAAAGCAUCACAACAUACGAAAUACCACCCGGCCACAGCAACUAUGGCCCUCCCUCUAAGCCACCAACUUACAGCUCAGCAACGCAUCAAUACUUGCCACCAGCGACGGGCGGCUACAGUGGCGGCGGAGCACCGUUUAGCAGCGGACAUGCGGCAUUUGAAGCACCCGCCAGCAAUUACCUGCCAACCGCCUAUGCCCAUGACGGACACGAUGAAUUCAACAUCUACGGACGCCAUCAGAAACUCAGCGACAAGGAUACACGUAAAGCUGCCGCUCAACUGCAAGAAAUUCUCAGCCUACUACCGGAUGGCAAAACGGAAUUCACAGCCUCGAAAACAGUCGUACUGGAUACACACACCGGCCAUGCGCCACACACCGGUCCCGGUGAGAGCGCCGAUUUGCACACUUACGGACUGCCAAAUGAUUUGGGGCCGCUAGAAUCGCUAUCGCACACUGAAUCCAUAACGGCCGCCUACGGUCAACGACCGGGUCAUGUGCCAGAGAACCCCGCCGAUAUUUAUCGCCAAAUGGCUAAGAAACAAACGGCGGAGGAGAUUUACAUACAGAAGCACCCGAACGAGGGCUAUGAUUAUCGGCCCACAAGUCCACCGGCAACAACUGGCAACGAUGACCAAAAUGGCGGUUACAAAUACAACAAUUAUCAUACAACAAGCAACGCGCUAAAGGAUUUGACACCCAUCAUAGCAGCACUCGAGGUGGCCAAGCGGCGGGGCGCCACGCAAAAUGGUGUGAGUAAACAUUUUGCUGUGGAGAAAAGUGUUUACAAAGUAGCGCCGCAAUCGGCUGCGAAGACGAACAGUCAAUUCAAGUAUUUGCCACCGUCGGUGCAAAAAACAAAGCACAUCUACUUCGAUCCGGCGCAGAGCAAAUCGGACAAUGAGUAUCAGCCAACGUAUGUGCCACCGCCACCAUCGGUGCCAUCAGCAGCGAAAGCACCACCGGCACACACGUACGCCACACAACACUCUGUCACCUAUGCUGCUCAACAGGCAGCGCCGCACUCCGUCCAACAACCGCCAGCUGGUGCCUCCAACGCUUACAAGGUGCGCCGUCAAGUGCCAGGCAGUUCGGUUACGGCGCUCAAAGUGCAAACCAAGACGGGGCCCUACUUCAAGCACCUCGACUAUGAGAUUCACGACCCGCUCAUGUUCAAUCGCAUGCUGUCGUUCUGAGCGAAGUGAUUGGCCCAUCACAGGGGUUGGGGGAGUGCAACGAAUUGCAGUUUGCAUUUAUAUAUCUACUAUUUAUUUAUUUUCGAUUAACUGUACUUGUGUUAGUAACUAGCAACUGGUAAUCGAAGUCAGUGCGUGACUUUUUAUGUAUUGU